AUGUCUUGUUUAUCUACCCACCUUGUGACUGCUUCUGACAAGAAAACAUUAACUGACGACUAUUACAAAUGGCACAAUAAAUUAUCUGGUCUACCAAGUCCAUUGACAGAUGAAAUUCGUUCCAGUUUAUAUAAAAGAUAUAAGAAAAAAACUGGGCUCGAUCCCUGGAUAAAGUCUGAAACUCCCGAAAAGACUGAUAAUCACCUUUCACAGGACUGUGUUAUCAAAAUUUCUAAGUUUCCGGAAGAGAAAAAAGCUAAAUGUCCGAUAUGUAAAGAGAAAGUUAUAAUCGCCAUACAGAGCUUACUGGAAAUUCAAGUAAGUGUACCUAACAAAACCCGCUUUUAUCAGCCAGAGGCUAGCUUACGCCAAUAUGCCAUCGAACAUGGAAUGGAUCCCAAGAAAUUUUCGGUGAUUACUGAGGCUGAGAAAAAUAGAUGGGUUGGGGGAUGCUUCCGUGGUGACCUGGAGAGAGAUAUACGCUAUUAUCAAGGUGGAAUAAAGAGAAAGGAAGACCCUAGAAAAUAUCAUAAAUUUUUAACAGAUCAGGAAAGGCUAGUCG